CCCGUUGGGUGCUUCAGUUUCGCAUGAGUUUUAGACCAUUCCAUUGGUCCUUAAGGUCCUGGCUAUGCAAAACCAGCAGGCCCACUGCUUCAGCUCUCUCUGUGACAACAGCAGACAACAAUAUACAGAUCUGUGCAACCACACUAAAAUUUUAGUAAUGGAACGAAGAAGAGGAAGGAUUCUGUUCCUGUUGACACUCUGUCUGCAAUACUUCACUGGUCAAUGCCAAGUUUCAGGGCAGCCCUCUAACCUGAGGAUAGUUCUGCUGGGGAAGACUGGAUCAGGGAAGAGUGCAACAGGAAACACCAUCCUGGGGAGAGAGGUGUUUAAAGCGCGGGCUUCUCCAGUGUCUGUGACUGCACAGAGUGAGAAACAGAGUGGAGUGGUGGAUGGGAGGAAGAUUGAUGUCAUCGACACCCCGGGACUCUAUGACACAACAAUGUCUAAAGAAGAGAUGAAAAGUGAAAUAGUCAGGUGUAUAGAAAUGUCAGUCCCAGGACCUCACGCCUUCCUGGUGGUGAUCAGACUGGGGAGGUUUACAAAGGAGGAGAGGAACACUGUGAAGUGGAUCCAGGAGAUCUUUGGAGAAGAAGCCUCAAUGUACACCAUCAUUCUGUUCACACAUGGAGAUCACCUGGAGGGUAAAUCAGUGGAGGAGUUUCUGGCUGAGAGCAAAGAGUUACGGAAACUCAUCAAUAUCUGUGGGGGCAGAUAUCACUCCCUAAUCAAUGACAAGAGAAAACACAACACUCAGGUCCCAGAGCUGCUGAAGAAGAUAGAGGAGAUGGUGAAGAAGAAUGGAGGAAAACACUACACCAAUGAGAUGUACCAGGAGACCCAGAUGAAGAUCGAAGAGGAGGAGAAGAGGAAGAGACAGGAAAAGGAGAAGAGAGACAGAGAGAGGAGACAGGAGGAGGAAGAAAUAAGAAGAAGAGAAGAGAAAUUGAAUGACUGCAAGUGGUCAGCGUUUGCCAGUAUGGCUGCAUUGGGGUUGGGAGCCAUGUUCAGCUCUCCAUGGUCGUUAACAGCAGGGGCUGCAAUAGCCGCUGUUAAAGGUUAUCAGUGCAUGGACACCUAUUUCACCUCAGAAGACCAGGAGAAAUAAGAUUUUCACAUCCACCAUCUCAGAUUGUUUUUAAAUUAAGAUGAAUUAUUAUUGAGUUAUAUAACAUAAAUAUCAUUUGAUCUCUGAUAAAUUAAUCAAGUUUAUUGCGCCCAAAUUUAACAUUUUAAUUGAUAGGAUUAAUAUUCUAUUCAAUAAAUAAAAUACCCAACAUCUGA